GACAAACCCGAAAGAUUCCGUUCCCACGCCACGCCCGGUGCUCCUCGCCAAACACCCACCAAAACCGCACCUAAACCGCUCCCGUUUUGCAUCACGCCGUACACUAAUGACUAAACAAAGCAUCUCGAGCCCUCCGUAAUCCGAAUCAUUUUGGUUAGACACAAACGGAGGAGAAACCUCUCCACUUCCUCUCUGUCCCGCACGCACCACCGGUCCGCAUCUCGCCAUGUGCGGUGGGUGCUGCCGCCGCCAACGCGGCCCCGACGGGGCGCCCGUCGGAGGCCGCCGCGGGGGUUGCUGCGGGGCUAUCCUCGCCGUGCUGGCCCUGGCGGCCGCCGCGGCGGUCGCGUUCCUGGAGGGCACGGCCGGCGGGGUCUCCUACGCGGGGGACGGGUGGCUGCACGAGUGCGCCAAAUGGGACGCCGAAGGCGGCCGGUUCCUGGCGUCCACCUUCUACGGCGCCAGCGUCGCGGAGGUGCGCGGCGGCGAGGCGGAGGAGCGGGUGGUCCUGGCGGACCCCGACGCCGCCGGGAGGGUCGCGCUGGGGCUCGCCGUCGACGCGCCCAGGCGGCGCCUGCUCCUGGUCUACGCCGACCGCCUGCCGCGGAUUGGGUACGCCGCGCUGGGCGCCUACGAGCUCGGCUCGUGGCGCCGCAUCUUCCUCACCCGCCUCGACGUGCCAGGCGAGUCUACGUUUUCUGACGACGUCGCCGCCGACGAGGACGGCAACGCCUACGUGACUGAUACCUUGGGAAGCAAGAUCUGGAAGGUCAGCCCGGACGGCGCGCUGCUCGGCGUCAUCAGGAACUCCACGUUCACGCAGCGACCUGGGGCGCUGCACAACUUCCUCGGCCUGAACGGCAUCGUGUACCACCCGAACGGCUACCUCCUCGUCGUCCACACCUCCGGCGGCGACCUCUUCAAGGUCGACCCCAAGACAGAGACCGUGCGCGUCGUCAAGGUGCAGGGGUCGCUGAAGAGAGGGGACGGGCUGGAGCUGCUCUCGGCGACGAGGCUGGUGAUCGCCGGCGUGCCGAGCCGGCUGGUGGAGAGCUCCGACGGCUGGGAGACCGCGAGCGUCACCGGGCAGUACGUCGGGCCGAUCCACCGGGUCGGGUCGUCGGCGACGGUGAAGGACGGGGACGUGUACGUCAACCACCUCGUCGGGUUCGGGCUCGGCAAGAAGAAGACGCACGUCCUUGCGAAGGCGGUGUUCUCGCCGUUGGCCGCAGCGAGUUGACGGCCGGCGCCUCCGCCGUUGUGAGAUCGCCUCUCGGCUCUCGCUGCUUGCUUAAGCGGCAGUUCAUAGUUACAGACUAUACUCGGCAUGAUACAGAUGCCCAAGCUUUUCUUUGUAGAAUUAAUUUGUUGCUUGAAGCUACAGGGUUGUUCUGUAUGCAAUAUGCAUCGAUCAAAGGAUGUACAUGAAUCAUUUCUGAGUUUUGA